AUGUUUUUUUGAUUUUGUAAAUUCCUCACGGAUCCCAAGAAACAUAACUAAAUCCUCAAAGUAGUAACUAACUAGGAGUAUUUCAUUUCAGAAGAAGACGAAGCAGCCUAAACAAUUUUCUUCUACUUUUUUUCUGGGCGUCAGAUUGAGUUUAGCUCUCUGAUGGUGUAUAAUUGGAUGCUUUUGCGUGAAGUUUGUGUGAAUGCAGGAAAAAUUUGAUCUUGAUUGUGAUUCUGGGAUACAAAUUGGAAAAAGGGCUAAUUUUUUUUGGAGGAUAAUGGGAUUUUUGCAUUUUUUUAAGCUUUGGAAAAUGUUGGGUUUCUGCAAAUGAUUGCGAAAGUGUUAGCUUUGGUUGGUUACAGGGUGGAAAAAGGUGUAGAGUUUCUUGAAAUUGUGAGGUUGAGGUUCUGCUUAUGUUGGGAUUGACUUGUCAAGAUUGCGGCUGACAAUAGGAGUUUCUUUUGGGUUAUAUAUUGGUUUGGGGUGAAUACCUUCUGGAAUGUUUGAGAAGAUGCUUCUUUUUUUCCUUUUUCCUUUUUUUUUUAAUUUUAAAAAAAUAUGAUACAUUUGAAGUUUCUUUUAGUUGACAAUAGGAAGAAAGAUAUUCAGGAAUGUUGAAUUCUUGGAAACUCGGAUAUAUAAGAUACGAAUCUGUUUUCACAAUUGAGCAAGUAGUCUAUAGUGUGGGGUUCUGGAAACAAGCAUGUGCUUGUAUUGAUAGGGAUCUGAAAUUGUGAGAAGUUUGUGUGAUCAGGUGAGAUUUGCUUCAACUUGAUUGUAUCGCAAGGAGAUCUAGCUCAUCACGAUCCUUACGAGGAGCUUAUGUGUCUGGAGUGUGAUAAUAAGAAGUUUUGCUCUCAGUAGAUGUUCUGUUUGGUUAUUUUAGUCUAGGGGUUGUGAUUUUCGUUUAAACCUAUCAUGGAUGAAGCUUCGUGCAGCACGAAUGCACUGCCUCCUUUUCUUGCAAAGACAUAUGAAAUGGUGGAUGAUCCAUCCUGUGAUGCAAUUGUCUCCUGGAGUUCGAAUAAUAAAAGCUUCAUUGUGUGGAAUCCUCCACAUUUUGCAAGGGAUUUGUUGCCUAGAUACUUCAAGCACAAUAAUUUUUCCAGCUUUAUCAGACAGCUAAACACUUAUGGAUUCAGGAAAAUUGACCCUGAAAAAUGGGAAUUUGCAAAUGAAGGUAAUUUCAUUAGAGGUCAGCCACACCUUUUGAAGAAUAUCCAUAGACGUAAACCUGUUCACAGUCAUUCUGCACAGAAUCUUCAUGGUCUGUCAUCUCCAUUAACUGAAUCAGAAAGACACGGAUACAAGGAAGAUAUUCAAAAGCUGAUGCAUGAGAAUGGAUCACUUCACUUGAAUCUACAAAGACAUAAGCAGGAUCACCAAGGACUUGAAUUGCAAAUGCAGGUUUUAACUGAACGUGUUCAACAUGCAGAACAUCGUCAGAAGACCAUGCUCUCUGCUUUAGCUCAAACCUUAGAUAAACCAGUAAUGGAUUUGAGUCACAUGCCACAACUUCAAGUGAAUGACAGAAAAAGAAGGUUCCCAGGAAAUAGCUGCCUUUAUAAUGAAAGUGACCUGGAGGAUACGCGAGGGAUAUCAUCUAGGGCUUUGAGUAGGGAAAAUAUGAACCCGUCCUCUCUUUUGACAAUGAACACAGAACUGUUAGAUCAAUUGGAGUCUUCUUUGACUUUUUGGGAGGAUGUGCUACAAGAUGUUGAUCAAGCUGGGAUACGACAGAAUUGUUCACUGGAGUUGGAUGAAUCUACAAGUUGUGCAGAUAGUCCUGCUAUAUCUUACACACAACUAAAUGUUGAUGUUGGGCCUAAGACUUCUGGAAUUGACAUGAAUUCUGAGCCUAAUGCAAACACUACUCCUGAGAUUGCUGAACCAGAAGACAAAGCAGCUGUAGCAGAGACGGCCACUAAUGUCCCAACAGGGGUUAAUGAUUUAUUUUGGGAACAGUUCCUAACUGAGAAUCCUGGUUCAGUUGAUGCUCCCGAAGUACAUUUGGAAAGGAAAGAUAUUGGCAGCAAAAAGAAUGAAAGCAAACCAGUUGACAGUGGAAAAUAUUGGUGGAACAUGAAGAGUGUAAAUAGCCUGGCAGAACAGAUGGGGCAUCUUACUCCAGCAGAGAAAACUUAGUUUGGUAGGUUAUAUCACAUAAUCACAAAUGCUUUAUUCAUGUUGUUAGCCUUCUGACUUGUUGUAUAUCUAGUGUCCUAGUUUUUUUUUUUUAAUCAGGGAUUAGAUAUACGUGUUGAUGUAUAAAUUGAUUUUGUUCUUGCUGUGCAUUGCAUGAUAUGAGGGAAAUUGAGCUUCUUAAAAUUCUUUGGCAUAAGUUCCUUGUUUUAUGCUGGUUUGUUCUUAUUA